UUAACACAGAUGGACAGCGAGCAGGAUGGUACAGUUUUAUACGGUUUUCAAUUGUUAAUAACGUUAUAACCUUAUUAUUACUAGCACUAAUGUCUGAAGAUGAAAUAUGACUAUGAGGAAUUACAAAUGAUCUUCUUUCUAGUCCACAGUGUGAAUUUCUCCUCCUACCACUGCAGAUAACGCCUCCACCAGGAGAAGCAACCUCUGCACAGAAUGACAUGUCUUUUAGGUAAAAGUUCAGGCAGAUGGAGGACAGGAUGGUGUGCAUCAGUGGUGAAGAGGCUCUCUUCCAGUCAUGUGCUGAAGCCCCUGUUUCCAACCUUCUGCCUGGUAAUUGUGAUUGUACAUGGCCUGGCUGACAAACUCAGAAACUUUGUGGUGGGCAUCUUUAUCCCACAGUACCACUACCCGUAUGCUGUGGCUUUCUGCUUUACACAGGUUCUGAUCUCCCUCUUAUUCUUGAACCUUCUCUAUGUCCUGGGUUUGGUGCCUCUCAGACGUUACUCCAGGGUCCUGGGUGAGAGGCUGUUGCUGCCUGCGAUCUGUAGCAGUGUUCAGUCUGUGCUGGCCAUGUGGGCCAAAGCCAGCAGCUUGUAUGCCAGCCUCUUCCUCUUCACUGUGCCGCUGUUGCCCCUGGUAACCAUAGGUUUGAGUUUCUCCCUGAAGCUAGCAUCCCCACCAUCACAUCACUCUUCUGUUCUCAUUUCCAUCUUGAGUGGGACAUUUAUUAUACUUACAGCAUCCAAGGGUUUCCCAGCUAUUGAGCCUCUGGAGUACAUGUAUGCUCCUCUGGCUUUAAUCCUUCACAGUAUUUCCCUAACUUUCCUGGCUAAAGUGUUUGAAGAUGAGCGACACCGCCCUUGUGAUGCCCAGGCCUCCGUUUUUGACAUCUAUUACACCCAGCUGGUCAACCAGAGCUGGGUGCUGGGCGUGUUGUGGCUGCUGCACCCUGACAGUCCCUGGCAGGUGUUGAGGCAUAGCAGCUGGCAAAACCUGCUCUUCCAUGGAUACUUGCUCGCUAUUCUCCUAUUAGGGAUGGUACUAAACUUCAUGGUCAGCAUGUCUGCUCUAUGUGUCUCACCAGUGGCUGCUGCGCUGCUUUACUCAGCAAGACCGAUGAUGCAGCCAUUUUUUCACCUCCUUUAGUUUUACUGAACUGUAAAAACCUUUGAAAUGUAACACACUGUAAGCCGAGGGUAUGUAAAUGCACAAAACUUUCUGAUGAGAAAUGGAAAGUGUAGGUUCUCGCCAUGUUUGUUUAGUUUCUGCUAUUUUGGAUUUUAUGAAAAAGUUAAAUACAAUCCACCACUAAGAGCAGCAAAACCCAUCCUCAGACCAAAUCUUAGAAAUAGUUCUAUAGAUUUCCAAAAGCCUUUGUCUCUAUCAGCCAGCUGUAAUCCACAGCUAAGCUAAGCAGAUAGUGAGGUCUUAUCUCAAAUGUCUGAUUAAUCAAAACUUAACUUGAGAUGUGGACUCUUGGCCUCAUUUUGAAGAGACACAAAUUAUCCUGCAGCUAAUCAGCAGGGAGAGAUGCACCCAGCAUAAAUGCAUUUUUCCAGUUCAUUAUUAAUGUGUCUGAUAGGAGAGGUCAGAAGUCUGAGACAUGACUCAUCGUUUCUGACUUUAAGACCUUAUUGAAAGAUUUAAAACACUUUCAUGAGUCUCAAAUCUUUUCCACUGUUCUUUUAAACCAGGAAAUAGAUAGUAAGAUUCCUCAUUUCUAACAUGUUAAACACAAUCUGCUGAACCAUAACACUUGUCCCUAUCUUUUUACUCCAAAGCCAUCAGCGAUGACUUAUAGGUUGCUCCCAUUACAUCACACCCUUAUCAUGACUACUAACACGCCUCUUGCCUCUGUCAGAUGUUGCUUACGCUGUGUAAAAAUCAUGAGGACUAAUUAUAAAAUAAUUACCAAGAAGUACCAUGAAGAACCACAAGCUCCCCUUUCCACUCAAAAACAUGGUGUACGCUUUCUUAACAAUCAAAGUCAGACUGGUUCCCUUACUGGAAACAAGUGCUUUGAGUCAGGAGGUAAUAUUGUGUAUACUCAUUUUUUUUCAUUCAUAAAAGUCUAAUUGUGGCAAUGUUUUAAAAGUGAGUUAAUUUAUAAGAAAUGGGCUUUUUUGACUCCUUUAUAUGUAACAUAAUCAACAGUAUUUAAGGGAUAAAAGUCCCACUUUUCUUCUCCAGUAAGCGAAGUUUAACCAGAUCUCCUUUCAUGAUUUCCUUAAAUGAUUCUGAUAGUUUUCAGAUGAGAAGAAAUAAUGAGGGACAGGCUGUUUGCACUGGGUACACAUAGUUAAACUUAUUUGAUUACAUUUUACUUAACAGUGUUAAAAUAAUUAACUCAUUUCUCUGAGUGAAUUUUCAACCAAUGGUUGGUUAAUAUUUUCCCUGAAUGAAUCUGCUCAGUUUUCAGAUGAGAAGGGGCUCACUGUGAGAAAAGUUAAAUAGUUGCUCUCAUGACUGUUGUUUUCUUUGCAUGUUUUAAAUUAUUCAUGUAUAAACUGUCCAAAAAUGUAAGAAUAAGCUAUUAUUAGGAUUUAUGAAAAUAAGUAUAUUGGCUUAUAAAAUGAGUUAUUUCACCAUUAUGUAUACUUUGAAAAUUAAUGUGAAAAAAGCAGCUGCAAUAAAGAGAACGUGAGAAAUUAGUGAAAUAAAAGUUUAGAAAAUAUAUUUAUUCUGUUAUGCUGGCAGUCAUUAAUACAUUUAUUACAGCUUUACACAAAAGGGGCAUGUAUUAAUAAAAAGA